CCAUGAGUGUAUCAGUGCCACCGUCUCUGGUCCAUGGUCUGGCCGGAGGUCACAACAGCAGCAGGCCAUUAGUGUCCCUCAGGCGGGGGUGUCUUGCGGGGCUCAGGGAAGGAUGCUGCUUAUGACAAGUGGCACUGUGCCAAGCCCUCCUGGCACUGAGUCACCCCGCCCCACCCAGGCAGUCACCACACCAGACACAUGUGCCCUGUCCUCCCCUUCCUUCCCUUGUCGGAGGUCGGAGGGAGACUCACCUCACCUGGUUAACUCACCUGGUUGCUCCCCCAUGUGCACAAGUUAGGCAAUAUGAGGAUGACGAGUUCCCGGCUCAAGAGUUCCCGCGUGGCCGUGCUGCUGCUGGUGGGUCUGAGCGUGGCCAUCGCCCUCAUGUACCUCCACCUGGCCUCGGAGGUGGCCCAGCUGCGCACCUCCAUGCACCCAGAUGCCGCUGUGAGCUACCAGCAGCAGCCAAUGGGGGGGCUAGGCAGGCCAGGAGGUGUGCUGGACCUGGACAGCCUGGUGGUGAUCUACAACCGUGUUCCCAAGACGGGCUCCACCUCCUUCAUCGGGCUUGCCUAUGACCUCUGCGCACGGAACAAGUUUAACGUCAUCCACAUGAACACCACCAAGAACACGCCCACGCUCUCGCUGACUGACCAGAUGCGGUUUGUGUACAACGUCUCCAACUGGAUAGAAAAAAAGCCUGGGAUAUACCACGGACACGUUGCCUACCUGGACUUCAACAGGUUCGGGGUCAGCCAGCAGCCAAUCUACAUCAACCUCAUCCGAAAGCCGCUCGACCGCCUCAUCUCAUAUUACUACUUUGUGCGCUACGGCGAUGACCUGCGGCCCUACCACAUCAGGCGCAGGAUGGGUGACAAAAUGACCCUGGACGAGUGUGUGGCCAUGGAACACCCAGACUGCUCCACCACACACCUCUGGAUCCAGGUCCCCUUCUUCUGUGGCCACCAUGCUGAGUGCUGGGUGCCGGGGUCAAACUGGGCGCUGGAACAAGCCAAACAGAACUUGAUCCACAAAUACUUCCUGGUGGGCGUGACGGAGGAGAUGGGAGACUUUGUGGCCAUGAUGGAGUAUGCACUGCCUCGGAUUUUCAGGGGAGCCUACGACCUCUAUCUCUCAGGGGUGAAGUCCCACUUGCGCAAGACAGUGAAGAAGAUCAUGCCAUCCCCAGAGACCAUAGCCAAGCUCCAAAACACCAAGGUGUGGCGGCUUGAGAACGAAUUCUACAACUUCGCCCUCGACCACUUCCACUUCCUACGGAAAAAGACGCUGGUGGACGCGGAGCCGGGCGGCCGCCUGGUGGACCGAGGGCAGAAGUUCGCCUACGAGAAGAUCAAGCCAAAGAGGAAUUAAGUUAAGUGGUUCGUAGUGUAAAAACGUCGUUGUUUUUGUAGCUGUAUAUUGAUAGCGCGCCAGGGAGAUAUUAUGUCUAGCGAACUCAAGUGCCUGCAAAUACUAGUACGGUAAUAUCUGGAUUAUCUGGACUAAAAAGAAUGAGGGGAAGCUGUGUUUGAAACUGGCAGGAAUUCAUAUUUUCCAAAGCCAAACAAAAGAAUGGUAAUAUCUUGAUUCUCUGGACUAAGAAAAAUGAGAGGGAAGUCACAUCCGAGAAUUUGCGAGAUACUUCCCGAAGCCAAACGAAGAAUGUCAUGAAAUUCCCUGUGAAGUAAAUUAAACAUAUCUUAAUUCUUUGGACUAAAAAAUGGAGGAAUGCGUGUUCGAGAUCAUCAGGAAUCCACAUUUCCCGAAGCCAAACAAAAGAAUGGUAAUAUCUUGAUUCUCUGAACUAAAAAAUAAAGGCAAGUCAUGUCUGAGAUCAUCAGGAAUCCACAUUUUCCAAAGCCAAAAAACGAACAGUAAUAUAUUGAUUCCUUGGACUAAAAACUGGAGGAAGGUCCUAGAUUGGCAGGAAUUCAUAUUUUCCGAAGCCAAAAAAAGAGCUUCAUGAAAUUCGUUGGUGCAAUAAAUUAAACCUUAUCUUUGGACUAAAAAAAUGUAGGAAAGUCAUGUCCGAGAUUGGCAGGAAUCCUUAUUUUCCGAAGCCAAACAAAGAAUAUCAAUAAUUUCGCCGAUGGUCGCUAAAUUAAAUGCAGUAAUCAGAAGAAAAGUGUAACUGUCAACUCUACAUGCACAGAAACGGUGUAAAAACUCGUAAACACAUCAAAAUGAAACAUGAAUUCACCUUACGAAAGUCAAACAGAAUACAAUUGGCAAAACGCAGACUUUGUAAUGUGUGGAGGCAGACGUGUGCUCUCAGUAAUCACAGAGAAGCACAAAUUUCCUAUAACAGUUGGGCUCGGAUUACGUCUCUUAGUCUGGCAAAUUGAGAUAAUUCUGUACGUAAUUUCCUUAGUUUAAAUUUACGCUGUACACAUCAUGGUCAUCACUGUUACUCAUAUGAUAGACUAAUUUUCUGUAGCUGUCAGAACUCCAAAAUUAGGCUCGGAUUUCAUAUUUGCGUCCGGCAAAUCAAGAUAAUAUUGUACGUAAUUUCCUUAGUUUUAAUUUACGCUGUACACAUCAUGGUCAUCACUGUUUCUCAUAUGAUAGACUAAUUUCCUGUAGCUGUCAGAACUCCAAAAUUAGGCUCAGAUUUCAUAUUUGAGUUCGGCAAAUCGAGAUAAUACUGUACGUAACUUUACUUUGUUUUAAUUUACGCUGUACACAUCACUGUCAUCAUUGUUACUCAUAUGAUAAGGAAGGUCUACCAGUGAUGAAUUUAUGGCUCAGAUUACGUAUCUUAGUCUGGCUAAUCGAGAUAAUACUGUACGUAACUUUACUUUGUUUUCAUUUACGCUGUACACAUCAUGGUCAUCACUGUUACUCAUAUAAUAAGGAAGCUCUACCAGUGAUGGAUUUCUGGCUCAGAUUACGUAUCCUAGUCCGGCAAAUCGAGAUGAUACUGUACAUAACUACUUACUUUUAAUUUACGCUAUGCACAUCAUGGUCAUCACUGUUACUCGUAUGAUAAGGAAGCUCUACCAGUGAUGAAUUUAUGGCUCGGAUUACGUAUCUUAGUCUGGCAAAUCAAGGUAAUAUUGUACGUAACUUUACUUAGUUUUAAUUUACACUGUACACAUCAUGCCCAUCACUUACUCGUAUGAUAAGGAAGCUCUACCAGUGAUGAAUUUCUGGCUCCGAUUACAUAUCUUAGUCUGGCUAAUUGAGAUAAUACUGUCCGUAACUUUACUUUUUUGUUUUAAUUUACGCUGUACACAUCACGGUCAUCACUGUUACUCGUAUGAUAAGGAAGCUCCACCAGUGAUUAAUUUCUGGCUCGGAUUACGUAUCUUAGUCUGGCAAAUUAAGAUAAUACUGUACAUAACUUUACUUGUUUUAAUUUACGCUGUACACAUCACGGUCAUCACUGUUACUCGUAUGAUAAGGAAGCUCUACCAGUGAUGAAUUUAUGGCUCCGAUUAUGUAUCAUAGUCUGGCGAAUCGAGAUAAUAUUGUACUUUGUUUUAACUUACGCUGUACACAUCAUGAUCAUCAUUGUUACUCAUAUGAUAAGGAAUCUCUACCGAUGAAUGUGGUGGAUGGCUGUGAGGUAGUACGGCCCUUAAUACCACAAGAAUAGGCUUCGAACGCUUGCUCAUGCUGUCUGAAUCCAUGCCCUUCAAUCCAUAUAACUCAUGGGCUGCACUGGCUGACCCUUGCUCAUAUAAUCCAUGUUGGUCUGUGGCUUGUGCUAUCUCAAAUCUGCCUGCCCUGCUAGACAAUUUUCAGUUCAAUAUUUCAUGGCUCGUAGCAGCUACUCUUUGAUUGUAUUCUUUAAGACCUUUGCUAAGCUGGACAUCAGUCAGCUGCCCCCUUGUCAAAGCCUGGGUGACAGUGUGAAUGUCUGUGUACAUCAUUGUCACCCCCUCAGUAACCUAUUGUAAAAGUUAGGCAGUCUUUAUGUAAGCGUGUUUCUCAUUUGGCUCCAGACCGUGUGUUAGGCUCUGGUAAUGAGUGUAAGGAUUGAGGGAAGGGCUUCUCAGGAGGUUACUCAGCUGCCAAGGGGAACUAGCAACCCAGUACUAAAGAUUACAAUACUUUGAAAUAAAUGGUGAAAAGAAAUGGAGUAGGCACUGAUGAAGGUGACCAAACUCUUCUAUUCUGUGGCUCUGGUAAUGAGUGUAAGGGUUGAGGGAAUGGCUUCUCAGGAGGUCACUCAGCUGGCAAGACCUAGACAUGCCAAAAGGAACUUGCAACCCAAUACUAAAGAAAGGCACACCAGCCAGAUUUUGCAUGGGCCAAACUCUUCUAUUCUGUGACUCUGGUAAUGACUGUAAGGGUUGAGGGAAGGGCUGCUCAGGAGGUCACUCAGCUGGCAACCACAAGACAUGCCAGGAGGAACUAGCUACCCAAUACUACAGAAAAUACUGGACUAAAUGUUGAAAAGAAAUGGAGUAGGCACAGAUAAUGAGGGUAAUUAUCCUCACUUCCCUUCCCCAUCCCUUCAAAGGUACUGUUAACUUCUUAUCAGCGAAUACGAGUUAUUUUGGAAAUGUCUUCAGAGUCAGUCAUUCGGAUUUUGGUAAUCUCGUUUGUUUUAAGUACAUGCAGUGGUAGGUUAGUAGGUAGGAACAGAGAUUAUAUGAUGUUUUAUUAUCUGCCUGACUCUUCUCUUAUAAAACUAGUCUUCGUAUGUAAGGUUUGUUAGGAUGGGAAAUAGCAUGGUUACUGACCUUUGUGUUAUUGCGAUCUUGAAUAUAUGUUUCUUCUUUUUCAUGUGUGUGUGUGUGUGUGUGUGUGUGUGUGUGUGUGUGUAGUUACAGCUUCCAAUACCUCAAAUUCCUAUUAUCAACAAACCAUCUCAAGAACAUGUGAAUCAAAGACAUUUUCCAUGGAGUAUUACAGCUGUUAUUUUCUAAGUGCUUGCCAUUUAAAUAUCCAAGCAAUAUUCCAGCUUGUGUGUCCUGAUUUUGUAGUAUUACUGGACCCACUGCAUUGUGUCAACUUGCUCAGACAGACACUCACUCGUCUGUCGUGCAACCAGGGCUUACGUUUGAGGGUUAAAAGCCAUGUGUUUCCUAGCCAGAAUAAAAUUGGGGACUCUUGAAAAACCUGGUAUCCUAAAAAAAUGUUCAGUAUUUGUACCAUUAGGAAUAGAGCACUUCAAGACCAGGGAUAUUAAAGAAUUUCCAGAGGGUAGGAAGGCAUGUGUUUCCUAGCCAGAGUAAGAUAGGGCCCCUUGAAAAACCUGGUAUCCUCAAAAAAUGUUCAGUGUUUGUACCCUUAACCUGUCAGCAGCGAUGGGCCAAAUUUGUGUCUUUAUCGUGUAGCAGCAACAGGCCAAAUUUGUGCCAUGAUAUAAACCCCCAAAAAUAGAUGAUGCAUAAACUGAUCACAAAUGCUUUGAUAUAUUUUAUAAAAUGGUUUGUGUGAGUGAUGAUUUUUUCUCAUUUUUCUCGCUUAGAGGGACCAUUAAGAAACAUGAUCCCCGCUGCUACCAGGUUAAGAAUGGACGGUGUGGGACUAGGAAAAUGUGAAAGUUUGCAGUGUGUGGAAAUUCAAACUUAUAGUUGCUCUUAGGACCCCAGUAUUGGAUGUUUGGGUUCUGUUUUCAAUGGCUCUCAGAUAGCUAAGUUCCCCAUCGCCUCUCUCGCUCUCAAACACAAGCAGUGAAUAUUUGCCGGCAAGCCAGUUUUAUUUUUAUACUAAUUUAUAUAUUUUUUUUUUUACGCCCUGGCCAAUAGUGCUGGUAGGCUUUCUGUAGGAGCCUGGCGGUUGGCCCAAGCCCGUCAUGGCACAGACAAGUGUUUAUAGUGGCGCCAUCUAUUCAGUUUGGUUCCAGGAAUGUCUUAAUACUCCCCCCUUAAAGGUCACACCCAGAUACGCUAGGCAGCUCAAUGAAUACUGUAAAUACGUGUAGCCAAAGCCAAAGGUGUAAAUAGACUGUAAAGUUUAUAUAUUUUGUUACUUUAAGUGUCACAAUAUAAUCCCUCGACCUAUCCAUCAGUUUCCUCAGUAAGUCUUAAGUUUAGCGAAUAAACUGAUGACGUGGGGAUCCAAUGGUUUUAUUUGAGUAAUGUUAUGCAGCUAUUAGGUGAUAAGGUGUAAUAAAAUGUGGAUGGAA